UGUGACUUCUCGCGAGACCCCUGUCCACACUGCAUAAACGAACUUGCUAACGAGGCCAACAAGCUGCCAUUGAAUAACAUGGUUAACAUGCACAGACGCUGUCAACGUAAGACCGAACAGGAAAAUUGAAGAAUGGAAUGUAGGGAUAUCAAGGACCAGAGUCCAUUGGUCCAGGCUAUUUUCAGCCGAAAUGCUGAAGAAGUGACGUUUUUGUUAAGCCAUAGAGAGGAUGUCAAUUCAUUGGACCAUGAACAAAGCACCCCCCUUCAUGCUGCUGCCUAUCUUGGCGACAUUCACAUUAUGGAGCUACUUAUCACCGCAGGUGCCAAUAUCAAUGCUAAGGACCAGGGUUUGUUGACUCCUUUACAUAGAGCUGCUGCCUCCAAAAAUGAAAGGGCUGUGGAGCUGCUGCUAAAGCACAGUGCAGAGAUCAACACCCGGGACAAAUAUUGGCACACACCACUACACAUGGCUGCCGCAAACUGGGCUACAGGCUGUGCUCAAUCGCUGAUACUUCAUGUGUGCAGCCUGGAUGUUUAUGACCGCUCAGGAAGAACACCUUUGCAUCACGCAGCACACAGUGGCCACGGAGAGAUGGUGAAUUUGCUUCUCAGCAAGGGUGCCAACGCUAGCGGAAAAGACAAAAAGGAAAGGCAGCCGAUUCACUGGGCUGCAUAUCUUGGACAUUUGGACGUUGUGAAGAUGCUGGUGUCUCACAGUGCCGAUGUGACAUGCAAAGACAAAUGUGGCUACACACCACUACAUGCUGCAGCAAUUAGUGGUCACUUAGAUGUGGUCAAAUAUCUUUUGGGACUUGGAGUGGAGACUGAUGAAUCAAACAAAUUUGGGAACACGGCGCUCCACAUGGCCUGCGACACGGGCCAGGAGACUGUGGCCUAUGAGCUGAUCAACUGCGGCGCCAACAUAAAUCAGCCCAACCGCCAUGGCAUCACUCCGCUACACCUUGCCGCCGCCUCCUCCAGCGGGGUGCUAUGUGUUGAGCUGCUCCUAAACAAUGGGGCCGAUGUCAACAUGCAGAGUAAAAAAGGGAAGAGCCCUCUGCAUAUGGCUGCUAUGCACGGUCGCUUCACAGGCUCCCAGAUUCUGAUCCAAAAUGGUGGUGAAAUUGACUGUGUUGACAUCAAUGGCAACACUCCUCUUCAUGUUGCUGCCCGAUAUGGUCAAGAGUUGUUGAUCAGCACUCUGCUGACAAAUGGUGCUAACAAAGCCAGGCAAGGGAUCCAUGGGAUGCUUCCAUUACACUUGGCAGCGCUGUACGGCUUUUCAGACUGCUGUCGCAAGUUGCUCACCAACGGCCAGUAUUACAACAUUGUCCACUCCCCGACAAGCUGCCAGACGCCAUCCUUUGGAUUUGAUAUCAACACACAGGAUGAACUUGGGAGGACCUGUCUGCAUGCAGCUGCAUUUGGAGGAAACGUUGACUGUCUUAACAUGUUGGUCAACAGUGGAGCCGAACUUGAUGUCAAGGAUCAUUUGGGGAGAUCUCCUUUGCACUACGCUGCAGCCAACGGUAACAGCCAAUGUACAAUCACACUGGUGAGAGGCGGCUCAGAGAUCAACGAGUUGGACCUGAUGGGCUGCAGCCCUCUACACUAUGCUGCUGCAUCACACACGUUCUUCGGAGGGAAGACAAGCUCGGAGUGCCGAGUGGAGAAGGAACAAGAAGCCUCUCUUUGUUUGGAUUAUUUGCUGGACAGUGGAGGAAACCCAACUGUCAAGAAUGCUAAAGGCUACAGCGCUGUCCAUUAUGCAGCAGCUUACGGAAACAAGCAGCAUUUGGAAAUGCUCCUGGUGAUUUCUUUCAACUGUCUAGAAGAGGCUGAAAGUAAUAUUCCCGUUAGUCCACUGCACUUAGCCGCAUAUUAUGGUCACUGCGAGGCCCUCCGUCUGCUGUGUGAGACAUUAGUGAGUCUGGAUAUGCGAGACGUCGAGGGGCAAACUGCCCUCCACUUUGCUGCGCAGAGAGGCUUUACCUCAUGUGUGGAGGUGCUGCUGGAACAUCAAGCUUCCUGCAUGCUGAAAGAGCAUAAGCACAAGAGGACCGCUCUCCAUCUUGCAGCUAUAAACGGCCACGUGGACUGUCUGCUUUUGCUGGUGAAUAGAGAACACAGCGCUGACAUCAUUGACAGCCAAGACACACAAGGACAAACUGCACUUAUAUUGGCAGCUCUGGGUUGUCACACGGAUUGUGUCCACAUCCUGUUGGAGAAAGGAGCAAAUCCGGAUGCCGGUGACAAAAAGGGCUUCACUGCAUUACAUCGAGCCGCCAUGCUUGGUAGCAGUGACAGUACGUCAGCUUUAUUGGAACAUGGCGCCUCUGCUCUGCGUCGAGACUCUCGGGGAAGGACGGCGCUGCAUCUUGCUGCAUCUUGCGGCCACACACAGGUUCUGCAUACUUUACUGCAGGCCGCAGCAAAAGCAGACCCUCUGGACUCCAUGUUGGACUACAAAGGCUACACGCCCACUCACUGGGCUGCCUACCACGGUCAUGAGGGAUGUUUACGCAUUUUACUUGCAAACAAGCUUUUUGGCAACCAGGAAAGAAACUCCUUCAGCCCAUUGCACUGCGCUUUAAUUAAAGGACAUGAUGUUGCUGCUGGACUUCUUGUAAAGACAGUUGGUGCUCAAAUAGUUCAAAUUAGUGAUGCUAAAGGAAGGACACCGCUGCAUGCGGCUGCCUACUCUGGAAAUGUUACAGGGCUCCAAUUGCUCCUGGCCCGGGGGGCAGAGCUCGAUGCUGCAGACCACAGAGGGUGCUCCGCUCUUAUGAUUGCAGCUGACUCUGGACACACCAUGGCAGUUGAAUUCUUGCUGCACAAGGCGAAGCCAGACCUGACCCUGGUGGAUCUCAAUAAUAACACAGCCCUUCACUUAGCAUGCAUUAAGGGUCACGAGAUGUGCGCCCUGUUGCUUCUCGGAGAAAUCAAUGACCACUCUCUCAUAAAUGCAACGAAUAGUGCACUCCAAAUGCCCCUUCACAUUGCGGCUAGAAAGGGUCUGGCGACCGUUGUGCAGGUGUUACUCAGCAGAGGUGCGGCGGUCAUGGCUGUGGAUGGCGAAGGCCACACCCCAGCUCUGGCCUGUGCCCCCAAUAAGAAAGUAGCUGACUGCCUGGCCCUGAUCCUUUCCACCAUGAAGCCUUUUGCCCUACGCGAGUCCAACCCCAGCAUGGCCUCCUGCUUCAACCCCACCCUGAAUAACUGUGGCAUCGCCGCUACUUGCGGAUCCAAUGGAAGCUUGUGUCACUCCUACGUCAAGGGCCGUUCAAGCUCCAUUGGCCUGCACCAGUGUCUCACUGAGUGAGCCUUUCUACUAUUGUUUCCUCUGACGUAUCCUGACGUCCCAUCUAUACUUUAGCAACAUUUACUAACAGCGUCUCUCGUCUUACACACCUCGGUGCAUAAGUAAAAUGAAGUAGUAACCAUAAAAUAGAAAUAGAAGACAGCACACAAUCCGUCCUCUUGGAACAUGGUUGCUGAUAGUUUUUUUGUUGUUUGUUGUUUUUUUUUUUUUGGUAGCUCUUCACAAACCCUAUUUUCUCUGUCCUUUGCUGCUCUAAACCAAAAUGCUUGAUUGUGUUUACAUGUGAUGUGUGUUUGUGUGCGGAUGUGUGUCUGUGCUUGUGUGAUUUCUGAAUAUUAGUUUUUGAUUUUUUUAAAUUAUCUAUGAUUCAAUGAUAAAUUGAAUCCUUUAUGCAAUUAAGGUGUAACAGACACUACAUAGAUGAAAUGUUUAUUAGUCUUGUAUCAGGAUCCACAUAGCUAUAAUUAUUUCAGCAUGUUUAUUUUUAUUUUUUCUCAUCAAAUGAUGGAAUAACCUCAUGUAAAUGUACGCUGUCGUGCAAUUCAAAGCAGAUCAUAGUCAUAUGUUUGAGUAUUGUAUUACAGUAAAUAAGCAAGCGAAUAGGACAAAUAAGGUUCCAGAAAACAUGUUUAUGUGUAAAUGUACCUGUUUUUAUGCGCAAGGACCUUGCAAACCCUUUUAUUCUGUGACAUCUACAGCGGCAAUUGUGUGGUUGAAAAUAAUUUUAUAUUUUGAACAAUACUGACAUAAUUGAAAUAAGAUUAAUAUCUCACGUCUAACACGGGUGACACCAGAGGCUGAAAAUCCCAAAACUAAAUUUCCUCGUCUCCAAGUGACUGUAAAGUGUAAAGAUUUACUGACAUUCAGUAAAGAUUAAAAUAUAUUGCAUAUUAAUGUGUACAUUACACCCACAUAAGCAGGAAAAUGUCAAAUUACUUUAAUAUUAAUUGGGUUGUUUGAUAAUUGUUUAUUUUGACUCAUCAUGUGGUUCUUUUAUUUUUCUAAUGCACCAGUGGGUUAUCAUAAAAUGGUUUGGAUGUAUUUCCACUCUAACAUAGAUGUUUAUAUGUUCAAUAUUUAAAAGUAUGCUGCAAAUAUUAAUUAAGAUUUAGAAAUCCCUGUGUUUGAACAGCAUUAAAACCUGUGCAGCAUGAGAAA